AUGGAUGGCGACAAAACCCGAGGUCAAGGGUAUACUGAUGAUGUCCGAGGUCAAGGGCUUAAUAGUCACGACGUCCGAGGUCAAGGACUAGUUGACGGAACCCGAGGUCAAGGGUAUACUGAUGAUGUCCGAGGUCAAGGACUUAAUAGUCACGAUAUCCGAGGUCAAGGACUAGUGACUGAUGGAACCCGAGGUCAAGGGUACACCGAUGAUGUCCGAGGUCAAGGACUUAAUAGUCACGAUGUCCGUGGUCAAGGACUAGUGACUGAUGGAACCCGAGGUCAAGGGUAUAUUAAUGAUGUCCGAGGUCAAGGACUUAUUGGUCACGAUGUCCGAGGUCAAGGACUAGUGAUUGAAGGAACCCGAGGUCAAGGGUAUGCCAAUGAUGAUGUCCGAGGGCAAGGACUGAUGAUUGAAGGAACCCGGGGUCAUCGCUCGCUAUCCAAAGAAACCCGAAGUCAAAGGUUCGAAGGUGACGAGACUAGCUAUCCACAACAACGAGGACGAUCGUCAAAGCGGCGAAGGAAACGCAAAAACAAGUAUUCGAGCACGUCCAGCGAUUCAUCGGGUGAGUCCAUCAGAACUCAUUCAAAAUCUAAACGUCUUAAGUCUCAUAAAGACAGUACCAACGUUAUCUUGGAUAAAGUUCUUUCGAUACUGGGACACCCUAGCUUUAAAUGUGAUAACCCUCUCGUCAAAUGUACAAAAUGUGAUAGGAUGGGACAUCAAUCGGCUAAUUGUUAUACUAAACCCGAUAAUCCGACUAACAAAUCUCAAAACGAAAAGCAAGUUUCUGAACUUAGUAAAAACGAUAAAUCGAAUCGAACGAAUCAUAAAUAUAUCAUGGACAUAAAGGUUAACGAUGUGGUACUAGAGUGCCAUUUAGAUUUAGGUAGCCAAUGUUCCCUAAUAAGAUAUACUAACGCAAAAUCGUUGCGUUUAGCUAUAGUGACAAAUGUUGAGCUACCGGUGUUACGGGGAAUCGGUGCUAAUCUUAUCCAGCCCCUGGGAUUGGUUUCAACGAUAGUGCAAGUUCAGGGUAUUGUAGAAUCCGUAGAUAUGUACGUUGUAGAAGAUUACGUGCUUAGACAUCCAAUCUUAUUAGGACAUUCGUUUACAGAGAAACCCCAAAUAGUAAUUACUAAGACCCCCGACAGAAUCAUAUUCCACAAGAUACCCUGCAGUAAGAAAAUUCAUCACUUCUGUCGAGAUGACACCUCAAUUCCGAUCGAGGGUCUGCGAGCAGUACCGGUCAUAAACAAUACGCUAGAGAAAGGUACUGUAUAUGUGGACGGUUCCAUUAGGGGUCCGGAUACCCAAAAAUAUUACCUUCUACCUGGUGAAUAUAGUAUAGAAAAUAAUAUUUGUGCCCUCCUCAUACAUAACAUGUCCAAAUCGACAAUUAAUAUAGAAAAGGGUUCAUUGCUUACUAGAGCUAUGCACAUUCGCAACACAUUAAAUGCUCACGAAGUUACAAUUAGCACAACCGAAAUCGAUGACUCUGUGAACUGUAAUCCUAAUUUUACCGCUGAAGAGCGCCUGUCUCUUCAGAAUGUUCUAUCAGAUUUUAAAGAUUGCUUCUCUAAAAAAGUAGAAGAGUUUAUUCAAGAGUUUGUUAGCAUAGUCAGUAGUCAGAAUUACAAUAAUUAA